ACGAAGAUUUCGGAAAUAUCUUGAUAUUCGAUUGUGGUUCCUAAGCAACUUACAAUCCUACCGCCUUUCCUAUGCCUCCAAAUACAGGACUGCGCAUCGCGCGCGUCCACCCUCUACUCCUCAACCAUGGUUCCGGACUUUCCGCACCCUUGUUGGCGCCUCUCUUCGCGACGACCCAUAUCUCUCAAGCUCGAAAGCGGUUAGCUCCAACACAGUCGAACUCCAGCUCUCAACGACGAGCCGCCUCAACGGCGUCUCGAGUCGAAGAGCCAAAGAAAGAAACAGCAUCCCCAACCAUCUCAGAGCUGGCCUCCUCCCCAACCCGACCAACAUCUCCUCUCACCCCUUCCACAACCCUCAACCCACCCGCCUCAACACGGCCCCCACCCCUCGAGCUGCCAACGCGAGACCCGACAACCUCGACAUUCACCUACUGGUUCCGCUUCGGCAAAGCCUACAUGUCCUUCUACAAGACCGGACUCAAGGCCAUCUUCACGAACCGAAGCCUCCUAACCCAAUCCGCCACCACCACCACCCGCUCCGACAUCCUCCUCCGUGAACGAGUACACCACGAUAUCUUCCGCGUCCCAACCUUCGGGCUACUGCUCCUCCUCUGCGGGGAACUAACACCCUUUGUCGUCCUCGCCUUCCCGCACUUAACACCCUACACCUGCCGCAUCCCAAAACAAAUCGAUGCUCUGCGACGCCGUGCCGAAGCCCGGCGAACAUCCAGUUUCUCCGCUUUACAACGCGUUGAUACCCCAUCUGCGAAGCUACAUUCCUCGGGGCUAGGAAGCGGACAUGUGUGUCGUAGCCUCGGGCUGACCAGCACGGUGUGGGAUAAAGUUGGGUUAGACUCGCCGUUCAGCAAGUCUUUAGCGGAGCGAGCGGUAUCGCGGCUCGCGGCAGACAACGCGUUGUUACAGGACGGGGGCGGGGUAGAGGCGUUGGUGGAUGAAGAGGUGGUGCUAGCGUGCGAGGACCGGGGGUUUUACGUUCGGGAGAAGUCUGUAGCUGAGCUGAGAGGCGAGCUACGAAAGUGGUUGCGUAAGGCUGCUCCUAGGAAGGGUGGGGGCCAUGAGGAGGUGAGGGCGGAAGCUGAGGAUAAGGUUCGAGGGUUGUUGCUUGGGCUAGAUGGAUCUGAUGGGGAAAACUAAGGGUUAGGUCUAACAUAAACGUCUAUGGAUGAGAUGGACUGGUGAGUUUAGUCUAUACUAGCUAGUACAGGUCAAGAGUAUACGUGUAAUGAUACGAAGAUAUGUACGAUACGAUACAAUACAAUAUGGUAGGAAGGGUUAAAGACAGGCAAAAACGGAUCAGACAAAACUUGGCUCACUUAAAAACAGCAUGCAAAAAAAAAAAGACAGCAAGCUCAAUUCAAGUAAU